AUGCUUGAUAAAUCGCUGCCUAAACGCACUGUACGUGCCCACCCCUCCGACAAGCCGUGGAUGACACCGCGUAUAAAGCAUGAAAUAAAAGCUAGGCAAAAGGCGUUUACAUCUGGGGAUAUACCAAGGUACAAACUAUUAUGUGACAAAGUUACCUCACUUGUAUCAAAUGCGAAAAAGAAUUACUAUCAAAUAAAAGCAGAGGGUACACGCGAAACGAAUCCGGCAAAGUGGUACAAAACCAUAUUUGAACUUGCUGCCGCUAAUGACUGUAACUCUCAACCACCAGCUGAUGAUGCAGCAGACUUAGCGGAACGCCUGCAACAAAGCUUCACCAAACCUUGGCCGAAUGCCAACCCCACUGAAAUUCCGGAC